GAGCUCGACGAGAUGAAGGAGCGCUUGAAGGAAAUGGAAGAGGAAUCUGCGGCUCUUCGUGAAAUGCAAGCCAAGGUCGAGAAGGAGAUGGGCGCUGUUCAAGGUUGUUCACCUGACAGAGUGACUUUGGGGCUAAGGUGUUGCUUGUAAUCGUGAUAUUUACUGUGAUUUCUGAAAUAUUCGUUAAUCUUUACUGCUAUAUUUUCAAGCAAUGAUUAAACUUUUGAGAGAAUACAAGUACGACAAUACACGGUGCAGAGUCAGGCAAUUAACUUACCAAAUCAUCUGAUCUGACUGAUAUUUAAUAUACUGCCAGUUCAGAUGCUUCACAGGCCAACAAGGAGGAGACAGAUUCUCGUUCUGUUUUUGUUGGCAAUAUUUGGAGGGUCUUUCUUAUUACUCAAGUUCUAUAAUUAGCGCUGGGAUGCUUACAUUGUAUUAUGUGGUUGGACCUAUGCAAUUGGUGUUCUUUUAGGCUUGUAAAUUUGUAAUAGAGAGGAAAGAGAAUGCAUGGUGUACUUAUGAAGUUUAAUAACAUAUCAAAAGAGGGGAUAAAAAGUCAAAAGAGAAUGAGGGGAAAAGCAUGAAAAUUUCUGAAGAAAAUGAAAAACAUCUCAGAAUAAAAAAAAUAGAAUCAAGCUGAGAAAAAAGAAAGAAAUGAAAUAUGAAAGAAGGAAAAGUAUAGCAUAUGUUGAAGAAAUUGUUGACAUCUCAUGGGGAUGGAUGAACCUGGUACAGCUGGAGGUAGAAUGUGUUAAAGAUGCUUCAUCUUCCCUACCAGAGGAGAUAGCUUGUGGUUAUUUGGAAGAGGUGAAGAACACUCUGUAUGUGUUAGGCAUGCAAGCCUAGUCAUAGGGCCUGUUACUGAAUGCAAUCAGGUUGAUGGUGCAUGUGUUGUGUCAUUUAGCAGAUGUGCCAAUGGGUUGAUUAUGCAUGCACACCAGAAGAAGUACAGCAACACUUCCAAUCUUGUGGUACAGUGAACAGGGUUACGAUCUUGACAGACAAGUUUGGCCAGCCUAAAGGUUUUGCUUAUGUGGAAUUCCUUGAAACUGAUGCAGUUCAGGAGGCUCUCCUGUUGAAUGAAUCUGAAUUGCAUGGCCGUCAAUUGAAGGUUAUGCCUAAGAGGACCAAUGUUCCUGGAAUGAAACAACAUCGUCCUAGGCGCUUUAAUCCUUAUAUGGGGUAUCGCUUCAGGAGGCCAUAUCCUCCCCCUUACUUUUACUCCCCUUAUGGAUACGGAAAGGUUCCCAGGUUUAGAAGGCCAGGUCGGUACAUGCCGUACUAUUAGAAUGAUGUUAUGUUUAUACGGACGAGGAUGGGAGCGUACUGAAACAAUAAAUUUUGCUUCGAUUGCUUGAGGUAGCAUCUAGUGACGCCGCGUCGUGUUGUUGAGUUCUAUGUGAUUAAGGACUGAGGAGUAUCUAUUACCCAAUUAUCAUCAAGCUUCGUUAAUGGCCUUGUAUGUUUCCCCCCCAAGUUAUGGGAAUAUGGUUUAGAGUAUUGCCUUCAAAUGUAUUAUGUUUUGCUGUGUAAUUUAUCCAAUAAAGUGUUGGUAUAUAUGAUCAAUUCACGCUUAUGAAUGAAACAAUAUGACCUCGUUCAUUUA